AACACCAAGACAACAAAAUCAAAAAGAGAGUAGCAAAAGAAUGGCAUUGCCAAGGUUUAUCGUGCUCCGAUCCAAUGAGAAGAACGAAUACUUGGGCUACAUCCAUGAAAAUGGGGAGUCUGCUGAUGGGUAUCUCUCAUUUUCGGAAACUCAGGCUAUCAGCCCAUAUGCAAAAUUUGAAGUGGAGAGACCAGCAAGUGCACGAGCUGCCAUAGGUGACUUGGUGCACCUAAGGAGCUGUGAAAACAACAAAUACUGGGUGCGAACAAAAAAUCGUUCAAUCACUGGAAAUCCAAAGGAGGAGAACUGGAUUACUGCAACGGCUGACAAGCCAGAGGAAGACCAAUCCAAGGAGUCGUGCACACUGUUCAAGCUUAUUUCUGUAGACGCAGUAGAGAGCACGGUUCGAAUCAUGCAUGUCCAAUCAGGAUGCUAUCUAUGUUUAUGGCGGUUGAGUUGGGAUCCAGCAGUAGUUUUUGGUCGCUGCGUGUUGGCAAACUACAACGUUUUUGAUGGUAAUGGACGUGAUAUCUUCACGGUCAUUGAUUGGGAGUCGUUGCUGAUUCUGCCCAAGUACGUGGCUUUCAAAGGGGACAACGAUCACUAUCUGUGUCUUCGUUGGAUCGAGGGUCACCCAUAUAUGCAGUUCGCAACUAAAGAUAUUGGUGAUUCAACUGUGCCAUGCGAGAUCUUUGUUACUCAUGACGGAAACGUCCGCAUAAAGCCUACUAGUUCCGAAAAAUUUUGGAGGCGCAGUCCAAAUUGGAUUUGGGCGGAUUCUGAUCACGGCGCUGACACCAUUAACCCCCCGCUGGACACCUUGUUUCGCCCCGUCAAAGUCGACGAUCGUACAAUUGCUCUUCUCAACUUGGGCAACAAUAAUUUCUGCAAGAGGCUCACAACCGAGGGAAAGACAAGCUGCCUUAACGCAGCCGUCCCCUCUGUUACCAAAGAGGCCCAGCUAAUAGUGGAAGAGCCUGUCAUGACAAGAGAAAUUUAUGAUGUCAAAUACAAACUUGAUUAUUCCAGGGUGUACGAUGAAAGCAUCCUUGUUGCGACCAGGAAUACUGCCACCAACUAUAGCCAGCAAUCCACCACUUUAGACGUGAAGCUUUCCUAUACAGAAACCAGGACUACUACUUGGAAGAUUUCGAGUUCACUCAAGUUAGGUGCGAAAGCCACCUUCGAUGUUGGCCUUCCACUCAUUUUUAACGGAAAGGUUGAAUUAUCUGGUGAAGUUCAAUUUGGAGGGGAGUGGGGAAAGACCACGACAUCGACCAGUGUAGUGGAGGUCGUACACAAAGCUGUUGUGCCUCCAAUGACUAAGGUGACGGUGAAUCUAAUUGCAACAAAUGGUAAGUGUGACGUUCCCUUCUCAUUCUUUCAAAGGGACACUCUUUAUAAUGGGAAGACUGUCAUAACUGAAGUGCAAGGUGGCACUUUCACUGGUUCUAAUUAUUACAACUUCAACUUUGAAACCAAAGAAGAGAAGCUGCAGUGAACCAAACCAAUAAAAUCGAUCUCCACUGGGAAAGAAGGGAUUUACAAGGACUCUGUGCUGUGACUCUGUGUGUUGUUGUUUCCACAAAUAAAAUUGCUUCCUUCAUGGAAGCAUGUCUGUUUUCUUUUUAUUAAUCUACAAUAAUGUAUACUGCACGCAUAGCCCAGUGACAUUAUAUUUCUCAUGUAUCUUGAUGUCAGAAUAUAUAAAUUAUAUGUGGCAUGUCUAA